AAUUACGUACGGACGUCUUCCAGUUAGCGUUUAGCUCAGUAUCCAAGUAUCCUUAUAUAUUGAACUCGUUUCGAACAGUGAAUUAAAUACAUAAAAAUGCCCGAGCUUCCAAAUGUUCUUUGCCAAUUGUUUGGAGAAAUUGAGCAGAAUAAGUCACGCUAUAUCGAAAACCUUAAAAUAGCGUGUGCCAUCAAGUCAGUUUCAGCAUGGCCAGAAACUCGAUCAGAAAUUCAGAAAAUGGUUGAAUGGACAGCUGAAAAACUAAAGGCUUUAGGAACUGAUAUUAAACUUGUCGAUGUGGGAAAACAAACGCUGCAAAACGGAUCCGAAAUUCCAUUGCCAAAUGUUAUACUUGGGACUCUGGGAAAAGAUCCCAAGAAAAAAACAGUAGUUGUCUAUGGACAUCUUGAUGUUCAACCUGCCUUAAAAGAUGACGGUUGGAAUACUGAACCUUUCGAGCUUACCGAAAUUGAUGGAAAGUUGUAUGCUCGUGGUGCUACCGACGACAAGGGUCCAGUUCUCUGUUGGAUUCAUGCCAUUGAAGCUUAUCAGAAGUUGAAAAUCGAUUUGCCUGUUAACAUUAAAUUUGUUUUAGAAGGAAUGGAAGAAAGUGGCAGCGAAGGAUUGGAUGAGCUUCUUAUUGCCCAAAAGGAUGAUUUUCUUGCUAAUGUCGAUUUUGUCUGCAUUUCCGAUAACUAUUGGUUAGGCAAAAACCGUCCAUGCCUAACUUACGGUCUUAGGGGAAUAGCUUAUUAUACUAUCGAAGUGGAGUGUGCAAUCAAAGAUCUUCACAGUGGAGUAUUUGGUGGAACGGUGCAUGAAGCAAUGCCCGAUUUAGUAUACCUCUUGAACACGUUAACUGAUAAUAAUGGAAAAAUUCUUAUUCCUGGGAUAUACAAGGAUGUUGCACCACUAUUGGCUAAUGAAGAUGAAAUUUACAAAAAUAUAGAUUAUGAUGUGAACGAUUACAGGAACGAUAUAGGUGCCAACAAGUUACCUCACAAUGAAGAUAAAACGCAAUUGUUGAUGCACCGAUGGCGUUACCCAAGCUUAUCGAUUCACGGAAUAGAAGGAGCUUUUUACGAACACGGUCAAAAAACAGUAAUUCCAGCAAAGGUGGUAGGCAAAUUUUCAAUGCGUUUGGUGCCUAACCAAGAACCAGAUCAAGUUACCCAGUGUGUCAUUGAUUAUUUAAAUUCUAAAUGGGCGGAACGUGGAUCUCCAAAUAAAUUCAAAGUCGAACUUGUUGGAGCUGGAAAGCCAUGGACCGAAAAUCCUAGCCAUCCCCAUUACGAAGCUGCAAAAAAAGCUGUAAAACAUGUUUUCAAUGUUGAUCCCGACAUGACUCGAGAAGGUGGCUCUAUACCCGUUACUCUUACUUUGCAAGAAGCAACUGGAAAAAACGUUAUUCUAAUCCCAGUUGGAGCAAGUGAUGACGGUGCACACUCACAGAAUGAAAAAAUUGAUGUGCGCAAUUACAUGGAAGGAACCAAACUUUUGGGGGCAUAUCUCUAUGAAAUCGGCUCAAUUAACUAGGAUUUAUUUUUCAAAAAGCUAUAUAAAAAAUACGCAAGCUUCACAAACAACAAAACAAACUUUUAUAUUUAAUAAAACUAUUAGUUUGUCCAAGUA